AUGGCAGAAAGCGCCGGCCCCGCCCGCCGGGACCCCGGCCCCGCUGGCCCCCGCACCCAGGACAGCUCGGGGCUGCGGCUCUGGAAGCGCCGCUGGUUUGUGCUGGUGGAUCUGUGCCUCUACUACUACCGGGACAGCAGCGAGCAGCAGGUGCGGGGCGGCCUCCCCCUGCCUGGCUACGAGAUCCGCGUCCUGCCCGCCGCCCCCCGCGCCCCCCGCGCCCCCCCGUUCCUGUUCACGGCUGAACACGCCGGGAUGCGAACGUACUGCCUGGGCACCGAGAGCGCCGAGGAGCUGCGCGCCUGGGUCUGUGCCCUGCGCCGGGGGGCAUCGGCCCUGCCGGGCUCGGCCCGCUCGCUCUCCCAGCAGGCGCUCCAGGAACCCGGGGCUGCGGAUCCUCCCGAGCCCCCACUGCCCACGCAUGCCCCGGGGGAGGGGCUGGGGGGCCCACCCGUGUCCCCUCCGUGCUGCCCCCCACUCCCUCCGCUGCCCCACAGCGAGGUGCUCCAAGCCCAGGAGGAGCUCCCGGCGCGGGGAUGUCCCCCCAGGGCCGGGGACACACCGGGGGGACCGCAGGGACACCCCGAGAACGCGCCCGCAGAGCGCUGCCCGAGGAAGCCCCGCCCCCCUGGAGCAGCGCCUGAGCCCCCUCCGGAGCGAGACAUCGGGACCAAUCAGCCACCGAUCUCUCCAACCACCUCUUCUGAUUGGCUGCCGAGCACCGCCCAGUCCGCGGGCACCGCCCCCACUCCGGCAUCCAAUGAGGCGUCGCGGUGGCGGCGGGAGGGGGUGGGGGGGCGUGGCCGUGCGCGCGAAGGUGUGGCCGGGCGGCCAAUCAGGAUCACGCUGCUGCAGGCCAGCUUCUGA